CUGGAUGUAGCCGGGCGCCCCGCGGGGGCUGCAGCAGCAAGAUGGCGGAUCUGUCGCUGCUCCAGGAGGACCUGCAGGAGGAGAUCGACGCAUUUGGUGUGGAUGACUACAGCUCAGAGUCUGAUGUGAUUAUUAUACCUUCAGCCCUGGACUUUGUCUCACAAGAUGAAAUGUUGACGCCUUUGGGAAGAUUGGACAAGUACGCUGCAAGUGAGAACAUAUUUAACAGUUGUUUCUGUGACCUGGAACCUGCAUUUCUGUGGAAUCUUCAUAUUACACAUUCCAGACUCUUGAAACAUAAUAAUUAAAUCUGGGUAAAUUAGGGUAAGAUAUUUUUUCCUUUAAUUGGAAGAAUUUGCUUUUAAUAUGACAGUUUUUUAUCUUUA